CGAUACCAAGACGAUACCGCGACCUUCAACACGGAAUUAGUGUUGUUUGUCGCGUUUUGGGUAAUGUGUGCGAUGAAGCGCUGGGGAGGCAGUGGCGGGGCGCCCCGCGAACGCCCAAAACCCGGCGAGGCGGCACCUUCAUCACCCACAAAAGAAGGCCAGGCUUUCAUCUUCGACAAAAAACCAGAGAACAAACUAGUGUUUCAAAGUUCGCAAGACGACGAGGAGCCCUAUUUCACGCGCCCCGCUAUGGUAGAGUACGAACACCAAAGGCCUCGCUCCAACACCGUGUCCGAAGGGACGAAAGUCAACACCAGUGAUAAAACCCCCACAGUCUUCCGAUGGGAGGGCGGCGGUAAGGACGUUUACGUCAGUGGCACAUUCAACGAGUGGAAAACCAUACCCAUGGUGAAGAGCCACGGGGACUUCGUGACGAUAAUUGACCUGCCGGAGGGGGAGCACCAAUACAAAUUCUACGUGGACGGGGAGUGGAGGAACGAUCCGGGGAACAAAACCGUGGAGGACCAAAGUGGGGUUAAGAACAACUUGAUCACGGUGAAGAAGUCCGAUUUUGAGGUGUUUCAAGCGUUGGAUAAGGAUAGCGAGACUGUUAAUAACGCAGAUCCGAGUCAGAAGGAGUUCUCGCAGGAGAUACCAGCGAAUAAACCGUGGGAGAAGGUCACGGGGCCCCCGAUUCUACCUCCGCAUUUAUUGCAAGUCAUUUUGAACAAGGACACACCGCUUUCGUGUGAACCUACGCUUCUGCCAGAACCUAACCAUGUGAUGCUGAACCACUUGUAUGCCUUAUCCAUCAAAGACGGUGUUAUGGUGCUCAGUGCCACCCAUAGGUAUCGCAAAAAAUACGUCACCACGCUUCUCUACAAACCAAUAUAAUUGUUAUUUAUAUAUAUUUUUUUUAUUAGGGUUGUAUUAGUUGGUUUGCUUACAAACUUAAUUUUCAUUAACUUUGUGAUAAUGUAAAAACUAUAGGUGUACAUAA